CGAAACUUAAAAUGUUCUAAAUCAUUGUAAAACACACAGUCCCUCAAAAGUGUAUUUAGGGUGAAAAAUAAUUCACGUAAUGUUGACAAUGACAGAUGAUGCCAUAUUUGUGCAACUGCUAAUAAUCUACUCGUUUGUUUUUAUUGAUUUUAAUGAACUCGAAUUGUUUGUCAAACAUAUAAAUGAGGCAUGAAGGCAUCAAGGCACAUUCGAAUACAAAAACUGCUUCGAUUCCUGUAUUCGGGGGUAUCUAUUUCUGGUCGAAGUUUGAAGGCAGCAUUUUCUAAAGAAAGAAAAUGAAACGCAGAAAUAACCGAAAUGUUACAGAGACAUACUUUGAGGGACAGCAUCUGAGUCUGUCGGACCUAAAAGAAAUGGAGUUACAGCAUGGAUACCUGUAUAAGAACAAUAUCCCUGCUUAUCCUGAAUCUGUGGAGUUCUGUGUUCAGAAAGUGUCUCAUGUCACUGGAGAAAGUGGUCUUAGGGCUAUUUUUCUCGAUUCAGGUUUCAGACAGCCACCGCACCUGGUAGAUAAUGAUCAGCCCCAUUUCCUCUGGUGGGAUUUAGCAGUCACACCUGAUGACAUAUACUCAGCUGAGGAGCGUUUCCUCACAUCUUUAUUCCCUCAUCGAAGUUCUGCCCAAAUUCGCAACCAGCCACCCGUCCUUGAGCACUUCACCAGCUCAAAGGCAUUCCAGGAGAAAUCUUCCUAUGGAAACUUCCGCUUCAUCUUUUCACUUAAAGAGCUACUCUGGCUCUAUGGUGAGCAGUUCUGUGGUAACAAAAGUCCAGUUCUGCGUAUGUAUGAGACUGUGCUCUACCGACGAGAGAUUCUCUAUAAUGUUGUAGUGCAUCCUCGUGACAUAGAUCUUUAUGACAGUUAUCCUCGACUGCCCAAUCAGGAGGACGGUGUGUGUGGGUACCAUGAUGGGGCUUUGUGGUGGCGCUGUCAAGCCCCCUCUGAAACCUACAAGCUGAAACUUAAGGUGAACAAGCUGAAGUGUAGCGUUAAUGUGAGCCCCCACAAAGAAGAAUACUACGUCUGGGAUCAUGUGUGUGUAGCUUUCCACAUGGAACCGGGGUGGGUGUUGAACGUGGACCGGAACAGACUGUUAAAAAGGGUGAAUGCGUGUGAAGUGUCUCAGCCGUGUCUUCUGAGACCUCCGGAGACUCCAUUGAGUUUAAACGAGGCUGAGUGUGUACUAGCUGAUCUUAAGGCCGAAAUGGGCUAGGCUAAAACCACAAACCAUAUAGAUAUUAGCCUACAUUCACAAGGAAUAGCAAACAAAAAUGAUGCUAUGCUUGCUAGAUAGAUCGUGUACACCACUUGCCUUGAUUAAACAGCUUACAUACAAAGCCUUACUUACAAAACAGCAAAUUUUUCAGUGCCAUAUUUUUCAAUCAGUGUUUAAACUGUUCAGAUAUAUAUAGAUUUUUAUAUUUCAUAUAUAUUGUAAACUUUGCUACAACAUUACAAGUAAACUCUUAGGGUGAUAAACCUAUGCAACAGUUAUUCUAACUAUCUGGUUGCAGCCUGCUGUUUUUGGAUUGUUUGAUUAAUUAUUAAUGUGCCUUUGCACUGAUCAGCAUUAUUAAAAGGAUAGUUCACUAGGGCUGCACGAUAAAUCAUAAUGAAAUUGUGCAAUCGCGAUUAGACAGAAGCUGUGAUUGUCAUGCGUAACUUUUAGUGAAGCACGGUUCUGUGAUCAGCAGUAAUUCUCCAUCCGAAGGCCAUAGGACACACAACUAUGGCAGUAUAUGGUUUAUCUGAGUUCUUCUUAUUAUAAUUUUCAUUAUAAUAAAGUAUAUCUUUAAUGCAAGGCUAAUCGACAUAGCCUUUAUCAUGCCUUAGAAACUAUGAAACAUGUUACCUGCCUUAUUCUGUGUAAGAAGUCACAUCAUCUCACAGAAUGAUUUAUUUUAAAUACUGGGCUGCCAUUAUAAAGUGAGUUUGGAGUAAAAAUAUGUUAUUAAAUGUAGUGUUUUCACGUGCUUGCAGAUGGAGCAGCAUUUACUACACAGAGCCAUAGUUCACUGAGAAGGUACGCAAACAGCUGUCAUUAUCGAAACAAUUUAUUUGAUUUCAUAAUCGUAUAAUUAUAUUCUCUGUUGAAAUGAAAAUUCUGUAAUUAAUUACUCAUACUUACAAUUUGUUCAUCUUCGGAACACAAAUUAAGGUAUUUUAACUGACCCCUUUCUGACCCUGCAGAGACAGCAACGCAACUGAAAUGUUCCCAGACCCAAAACAGAGUAAAAACAUCAAUAAAACAGUCCUUGUGACAUCACUGGUUCAACCUUAAUUUUAUAAUAUUAUGAACCAUGACUUGGAUUAGAGGAAAUUGUUUAAUAAAAAAAUUUUUUGCACACAAAUUACGGUUGAACCACUGACGUCACAUUGACUGUUUUACCAAUGUCCUUACUAUGUUUCUGGACCUUGAGAACAUUUCAGUUGUGUUGCUAUCUCUGCGGGGUCAACAAGCUCUCGGAUUUAAUCAAAAAUAAUCAAAAAUAUCUUGAUUUGUGUUCUGAUGAUGAAUGAAGGUCUUGUGGGUUUGGAACAACAAGAGGGUGAAUAAUUAAUAAUACAUUUUUGUAUGAACUAGCAUUAAUUUUAGCAUUAAUGUAGAUGCCCAGAUAAUUAUAUAAACUUUUAAUAAUAUAUAUUUGUUUUACAUAUAUGUACACAUUGUAUUUACAACCUCUACCAUUUAUUGAGUUAUUUUGUACAAACAAUUUUUUUUCUUUUUUUUCUUUUGUACUUCUAAUUUUGUCCACCCUCUAUGUUGGCUAGCUGGUUAAAUCGCUUUAACACAUUUUUUCUAAAACCUUGCUGAUAUUUUCUGUCAUUAUUAUUACUUUGAUUUUGAACUGUAAUUGUUUUUCUUUUAGGUAUCUUUUUUUGUUUAUUAUUAUAAUUUUUUUUAGAAAUGUCAUAUUUUAGCCUAAUAUACUUCAAUCUAAUGUCUAAUUGCACUAAAAUGUAUUUUCGCUGUUUGAAUCUGGUCUAAAUUAACAUUGAUCGUAAGUACAUUGAUGUUAUGUAAUAUCAAGUUGGUCUUUUGCUAAACCAAUAAAUAUGACUAUACCACA